AUGAAUAUCUGGUUCAACUCAAAAAACCUCAUUCAUGUAUCUGCAAGGUUAGAAGUGAUUAAAAUGCCAGAUUACAUAACCUUUGUUUAUGGUGUACCAACGGAUGAAAAGAAAAUGUUGAUAUGGAACAAAAUGAGGGACUUUACAGUGAACAUGAGUAAUAGUUGGCUAUGCUUGGGAGACUUCAAUGAUGUCAAAGCAGUGACAGAGAAAUUGGGAAAAUUGCCUAUUAAUGUCAGAAGAGUUCUGAACUUCGAGUAUAUGUUGGCAGAUUGCGAGCUGAUGGAUCUGGGUUACCAAGGCUCUAAAUUCACAUGGAAUAACAGGAGACUUGGGGAUGAAGAUGUAAAGGAGAGGCUAGAUAGAGCAGUAGCUAAUUGUGAAUUUAGAGAAGAUUUCCAGAAUGCCUUGGUUACCAUAGUAGACCUUGUUGGAUCUGAUCAUCACCUACUCAUUGUGGAUUAUGAUUAUAGAUCUAGUUUGGUCCCUAAGACUUUCAGAUUUGAGGUGAUACAGGCAGAACAUGAAAAAUUUCCAGAAGUGGUUAGAAAAGGAUGGGAAUGGAGGUAG